GCCAUCAAUCACACCAUCCUUGACCUCACUCACACAAUUCAUAUCAAAAACCAUCCAUUACAAGCUCAAACCAAAAUCCAAAAUGCAAUUUUACGUCCCAGUUGUUCUGGCCUUUCUCGCCGGCAGUGCCACUGCGCAAGUUAGAAGGUGCCCCUUCAAUGGAGGUAGUAUUCCCUUUGGUCAAUAUGUCUGUUCGGGACCUCGUGUAAACGGAUUUCCAGGAAAUGGUAUUUCACAAUGUGCUAUAAGCGGGCAGAUUGUGCAGAUUGGUAGUGGUCCAUGUCCCCAUUACUGCAACUACAUUUCAGGAAUCCCAUAUUGCUUCUAAUUUUUCUGUUGGCAGUAAAUCAUCAAUGUUUUGAUGAUUGGAAAUGAAUUCGGCGGAGGGCGAAGACGGAGUUUUAUUUUUUAUUCUCAGAUUGAAGGUGGAUUUCGUUCGGGAUGGCACAAGUAAAAUAGGACUACCAACGAAAUGGUUUAUUUGGCGAAUUUGAAUUAAUUGAUUUUGGGCAGCUCCUAGAUGAAUGCUGACUAACUUCCUAUCUCA